CAGCUCAGCUCAGCAAAAAGUUGAAAACUUUGAUUGAAAAAUCCAUCUUUCUCUUACAUUUUUGCAUAUACAUGCUUUGGUAACUCAUUCAAUUAACUCAUCCUUGACUCAAUUGAGUCUAACUUCCAUGGCUAAUAACCCCAACGACCCUCCAACCGAUGAUUUCCUUGAACAAAUCCUCGGCCUUCAGAAUUUCGCUUCGGCUGAGUCCGGCUUGUCUGGUCCCGACGCCGGCUUGGGUUCGACGGCUGGAGCUGCCGCGCCGAUGAUGUUGCAGCUGAGCUCCGGCGACGGCUCCAGCCACCUCUCGGCGCUUGGAGGCGGAGUCAGCGGUGGGUUUCACGGACAGGUGUUUCCUUUAGCGCUGAGCUUGGAGCAGGGUAAAGGAGGGUUUUUAAAGCCUGAGGAAGCUUCGGGAAGUGGAAAACGUUUUCGUGAAGAACUCGUUGAUGGUAGAGCUUCUACUGUCAAAAAUGUGUACCAUGGCCAACCAAUGCCCACACCUGUUCCUGCAGCUCCACAUCCUCCAGCAAUGCGCCCUAGGGUGCGAGCUAGGAGAGGACAGGCCACAGAUCCACACAGCAUUGCUGAACGGCUGCGGAGAGAAAGAAUAGCAGAACGGAUCAGGGCACUGCAGGAGUUAGUUCCCAGUGUUAACAAGACGGACCGGGCUGCUAUGCUUGAUGAAAUUGUGGAUUAUGUUAAGUUUCUGAGGCUCCAAGUUAAGGUUUUGAGCAUGAGUAGAUUGGGCGGAGCUGGUGCAGUGGCUCCACUAGUAACAGAUAUCCCACUAUCAUCAGUUGAGGAUGAGUCUGGUGAAGGUGGAAGAAACCAACCAGCCUGGGAGAAAUGGUCAAAUGAUGGAACAGAAAAGCAGGUAGCAAAGCUGAUGGAAGAAAAUGUUGGAGCUGCAAUGCAGUUUCUUCAAUCAAAAGCUCUCUGCAUAAUGCCAAUCUCAUUGGCGACGGCGAUUUACCAUACUCAACCUCCAGAUACCUCACCUAUUGUCAAGCCAGAGACUAAUCCUCCUUCAUAGAUUUUAAGCAAAAGGGUAUUCCCUCCCUCUAUGGUCCCAUCCAAAAAAGCUCACUAACUUCUCCAGGGUCCCACUCCCACAAUUCACAUUCCAACCAACCCCACAAAAUAAGUUGUUUACUGGCUUCAAAUUGCAAUCAAAGUCAGAUGCCAUAGCUCUUUGCUUUUUUUUCUUUUCUUUUGUUCUUCCUUUUCUUUACAGCUUUUGUCAAACAGGGUUUUGAUGUCAAUGCCUUAAAAAAUACGGGCAGGGCCUUGAUGUCUUUACCAAGUUCAAGUAAAGAAGAGGAAUUGUCAAAGUUCUCAGUUGAUAUGCUCUGCUUUUUUGCAUCAAUGGUGGGGAUGAUAGUGGGAAAUGAUGGAAGCACAAGCACUUUUGUAGUGGGCCUCUAAAUUUUGUUAGUGGAAUAUGGGACCUUCUAAAAGGGAUAGAUAAAGUAUAUAAAUUUGUAUCAGUGUAAUUUAGAUGGAAUGAAUGAAUGGAAUGAAGAAGAGGUAGAAUGGAUAAUGGUUGGCUGUUUGAAAAUUGAGAAUUGAAAAUUGCUGGGUGUAG